UUGUAAGAAAUGGGUGCGGAUGUGUGUGGGAGUGCGGUCGACAUUUGAGAGACUGCGACAGAUAGCAGCUCGAAUGUGUAUUAUUAUCUUGUUUGGUGUGUGUUAUUUCUGACGCUUCACCCAAUACUUAUGACUAGUGCUAAUGCUAAUUAGCUGCAGGUGAAAAUACAAAAAAAGUCUACAAAAGCAACGAUUUAUGUAUGCAUUCCUAGUACGUGUGUGUGUGUUAGUGGAUAUUUCCAAGCCGUUAGGCGUGCUCAAAAGGAAUAGUGACACAAUUUGCAAUCGAAACCCGUUAUGGUGACCCGUUUACCUUGUGCCGUUUUGUUGCUGCCUCAAAAAAAGCGAAAACUCUUCUAUGCUCACGGGGACAACAAUCUUCAGAUAUAAACAACAACAACAGGUUAAUGUUUAGCUUCUCUGGCAGGUAGAAUGUACUCACUCUUCUCUCUCUCUUUCUUUCUUUUGCUCUCUGCUUUGGCAGGAAGCUUUUUUGCAAGGGCGCUUUUUUGACACUCGAUCAAUCACUCUCAAACUUUCGCAGUGCAAACAAAACUGCAUUCAAGAUUCGAAACCUGCAUUUCUUUGGAUUGAAGUUAUUUUGUUCUUUAUCCAAACAAAUAAAACAAAAUUCAGGUUUAUUUUCGGGUUGCUUGUGUGUGUGUUUUUUUUUUUUUUUUUGCAUAUUUAUGAGGCAGAGGCACCUUUCUUGGAAAACAGGUUCUCCUUUUUUUGGCAACGGAACAUCUUUCACUCUUUCCAAGAACAACUCUCCAAGACGCGACGGACGCCGACGGUUACAAAGUUUACGCAACAAGCGACAAUAGCGGUCGCUGGCCUCUGGGCUCAACAAGUUUGCCAAAAAAGAAACCCCGAGAGCAUCCAUUUUGGAAACCAGAUACAGAUACCGAGAACUACCCAUCGAUGCUCGCUGGCUGCUGGGAAGCGGUUUCGUUUCAGUUGUUCGCCCAAAGCUCCCCAGAUCAAAACGUUUCCCGGUCAAACGGUCAAAGAUACUUCCACCAGUAUAAUGCGUAGUUGUUUAAGACAGAAGGUUUUGCUGGCGGUACUGCUCGGAUUCCUCUUGAGCCCGGCGGAGCCUGCCAGUCUGUUGACCAGCUACCUACCCGCCUCCAUGCAGGCCCUGGCCUACUACAUCGACCUGCUUCAGUACGAGCCGCUUUCCAGCACCACCAUAGAGCCGCCAUUCAACGCAAAUGGCUCUGACAUGGAAUCUAAUGGCGGGAGCUCUACGACACCAUUGCCUCCAACGCCCACGCCCACGGCCAUUAAGCCAAAAACCACAACCCGGCGUCCAGGAGGCUCGGGUUCGGGCUCUGGCUGGUGGCAACCGCCCAGUUGGUGGGAGACACCGCAACGAACAUCGACCACGGAGCGCCCAACCUCGGCUCCCACGCCACCGCACAGGCCGGCGCUGUUUGCACCCUCCCCAGAGCCGACGCUCGAGGGUCAUGCCCUUUUCAAUGAAAUCGGAGAUGAUGCGGACUUUGACAAGCUACCCCUUUCUCUGAUACGCGACAUCCAGAGCGAGGUACGGCACGAUGACUUCACAAACGAUGUCGAAUCGCUGGACAACUUUCUGCGCCUGUACGACGACAACUACGGGCGUGCGGCCUUUGACUUUGAGUCGGCCAUGGACCGCUGGAGUACCACUUCGACGGCAGGCAAAAAGCGGGUGCCGCCCACCAAGCCCUACGUAGACUUUCUGCUGGUCUACGACCUGCUCAAGCGAGACGCUAAGGCAGCCAAUCUCAGCAAGUACGAGGGCUACUCCCAGGAUCUGCUCGAGCAGCUUUCCGAUCUGUCCAAUGCCUCGGCGGCCAGGCAGCUGCACACGAUGUUCCAGAGAAUGCUGGAUCGCGGGGACAUCCAGCGCAGUGAUGUGGUGGCUCGUGUCCAGGGCAUUGUCAAAGAUCUAGGCAACCCCAAUAGUGCCACCUCCAAGGCGCUGUUCUUUAUACCCAGCAUGCAGUUCUUACCCUAAGCCUAAGUAUAUCUAAGCCAUAAUAAAAACGAGGAACAUAUUAGCCUCUCCUAUGCGUGUACCCUCACCUACACACCCUGGCCCGAUCUCCCACCCGGCAGUAGGAAGUGGGAUAACAAUUGGGUGGGCUUUGAUGUUUUGGUUGCUUAACAAAUCCUAAGCGAGGUAACACUUGCUAUGUAGAAUUUGCACGAGUGACUAGAUACAAACAUCGUGCUUCAUGCUUUACUAAGCAAUAAA